GAAAUAGACAUCAGUGGUUGUAGAAGUCUAACUGAUGACACUGUGGAGCUGUUGAUAAUGAUGUGUCCAAUGAUCAGAAUUUUACUUUUUGCCCGCUGCCCAAAUAUCACAGAGAAAUCAAGAGUGGCCUUGGAAGAGAAGUUGGAAAUGUUGGAAGGGGGCAAGAUGAAACAGAUCUCAUGGACAAUCUACUGAACUGUCAACUCAUGGACAAUCUACUGAACUGUCAUCUCAUGGACAAUCUACUGAACUGUCAACUCAUGGACAAUCUACUGAACUGUCAACUCAUGGACAAUCUACUGAACUGUCAACUCAUGGACAAUCUACUGAACUGUCUUCUCAUGGACAAUCUACUGAACUGUAAUCUCAUGGACAAUCUACUGAACUGUCAUCUCAUGGACAAUCUACUGAACUGUCAUUUCAUGGACAAUCUACUGAACUGUCAUUUCAUGGACAAUCUACUGAACUGUCAACUCAUGGACAAUCUACUGAACUGUCAUCUCAUGGACAAUCUACUGAACUGUCAACUCAUGGACAAUGUACUGAACUGUCAACUCAUGGACAAUCUACUGAACUGUCAUCUCAUGGACAAUCUACUGAACUGUCAUCUCAUGGACAAUCUACUGAACUGUCAUUUCAUGGACAAUCUACUGAACUGUCAACUCAUGGACAAUCUACUGAACUGUCAUCUCAUGGACAAUCUACUGAACUGUCAACUCAUGGACAAUCUACUGAACUGUCAACUCAUGGACAAUCUACUGAACUGUCAUCUCAUGGACAAUCUACUGAACUGUCCACUCAUGGACAAUCUACUGAACUGUCCACUCAUGGACAAUCUACUGAACUGUCAUCUCAUGGACAAUCUACUGAACUGUCAUCUCAUGGACAAUCUACUGUACUGUCAUCUUAUGGACAAUUUACUGAACUGUCAACUCAUGGACAAUCUACUGAACUGUCCACUCAUGGACAAUCUACUAAACUGUCAACUCAUGGACAAUCUACUGAACUGUCAUCUCAUGGACAAUCUACUGAACUGUCAACUCAUGGACAAUCUACUGAACUGUCAACUCAUGGACAAUCUACUGAACUGUCAACUCAUGGACAAUCUACUGAACUGUCAUCUCAUGGACAAUCUACUGAACUGUAAUCUCAUGGACAAUCUACUGAACUGUCAUAUCAUGGACAAUCUACUGAACUGUCAUCUCAUGGACAAUCUACUGAACUGUCAUUUCAUGGACAAUCUACUGAACUGUCAACUCAUGGACAAUCUACUGAACUGUCAUCUCAUGGACAAUCUACUGAACUGUCAACUCAUGGACAAUCUACUGAACUGUCAACUCAUGGACAAUCUACUGAACUGUCAUCUCAUGGACAAUCUACUGAACUGUCCACUCAUGGACAAUCUACUGAACUGUCCACUCAUGGACAAUCUACUGAACUGUCCACUCAUGGACAAUCUACUGUACUGUCAUCUCAUGGACAAUUUACUGAACUGUCAACUCAUGGACAAUCUACUGAACUGUCCACUCAUGGACAAUCUACUGAACUGUCAUCUCAUGGACAAUCUACUGAACUGUCAUCUCAUGGACAAUCUACUGUACUGUCAUCUCAUGGACAAUUUACUGAACUGUCAACUCAUGGACAAUCUACUGAACUGUCAUCUCAUGGACAAUCUACUGAACUGUCAACUCAUUGACAAUCUACGGAACUGUCAACUCAUGGACAAUCUACUGAACUGUGAAGUCAUGAUCUGUUGAAUUUUGUGAUUUAUUGACAUUAAAUUUGACUUAUUUUCACAUUCUGUUCCAGACUUUAUAAUCUGUGUGACAAAAGUGUGCAAUGAAUCAUUGUUUAGUGUGUCUAUGUCAGAAUGACCUGUGUGCUAUGUCACAUGAUGUAUUAAUGCUGAGGUUGAUGUGAUGAUUGAAAUAUGUGACUGGGAUGCCUGGUGACAUCAGAGACUAACAACCUGCUGCAAGGAUGGUUGUUGUUUUUGUUUUUGUAUUUUAUUUUUACUGUGGGCCCCCAUACAUUAAGAAAGGACAAUCUAUCAACUUUUAACAAGUAAUUAGCCAGGACUGUGCCGUUGUGUGAUUUAUUGUGCUUUCUGUAUGUGUCGGUCUUUGCUAUGACUUUUUUUAGAGCUGAACUAUAUAUUGAUUUGUAUCAUAUGUAUGUAUAUAUAUAUAUAUAUAUCUUAUAAUUUAUAUUAAGAAACAUGUUUCUUUUUAAUGUGAUAUAUUUGAUUAAAAAUUUUAAUAUCAAAACUAA